UGAUUACAAAUUACAAUACUCUACUCUUGUCUCUUUUGAACAUUUUGGACUUUUCAAGUUUAUUUUAUUCAUAUUGGAUUAUAUUGGCCUGCCGUCUGUGCAGUGUGCUUUGCUUCAUCAUUGAUUUUUUAAGAAAUAAGAGUUACCUACCCUACCUACUCUUUAAACAAAGGAAUGUCUUACUGAGUUUUCCUUGAUUCCUACAAUAAAGUUUUUACAUUUAACGCCUGGUUCUGGAAAUGAAAGAAAAGGGUCAUAAGAAAAAUCACAAAAAAACUAAGGAUGAGCCCUGUAAAGAGAAGAAAAAGAAAAGCCGUCGUAAAACCUCUUCAGAGUCUUCGAGAUCUUCCUGUGGUGAUGAAUGGGUUGAGAAGAACCCAGCAAAAGCUUCUGAUCGGGAGGAAUGGAUGGGUUUGACAGGAAUGUUUAAAACUUAUACUAAAGACGAUAUUAAACCAAAACAAGAGGUGAAGGACAAAAAGCACAUUGAUUCCUAUAAUCCAGGUACAAGUAGCAGGGAAUUGAAUCCUUAUUGGAAGGAUGGCGGGACUGGUGUACCACAAACUCCAGAGAGUUUCCGUAAAUCAAGACAAUUUAUUAAACCAGCAGAUGACGACAAUUAUUAUUCUCAAUCAAGUACAUCUAGUAGAGAUAGAAGUAAAUCUUCAUAUACCACAAAAACUGACUUAAGUUAUGAAAGAAAAUCAUCCAAUUGGCGUAAAAGUUCCAAGGAAACAAGAAAAGAAUCUUUAGAAGAGGAGAUAAAAAUUUAUAGUGAACCAACUACAGACAGAGGCAAAAUAUCAGAGCCAUGCAUAAGCCACAGUAAAGAAAAAAAUAUUUCAUACCUAUCUGAUGAAAAGAUGAAUAAAUUGGCUGCAAAGAUAGUCAAAGCUGAAAUCAUGGGGAAUAUGAAAUUAGUUGAGGAGUUAAAAACUAAAUUGGAAGCAGCAAGGGAAUAUAGAAAGAAUAAUCCUGAUGCUGGUAAGGUGGAAGAAGAUGAUAGAAUUAUGCUAAUGUCAACAACUAGCAGUGGCAAUAGUAGGCCUCUCACAAGCAAACCUGGAGAUCCUCGGAGCAAAGGGGGGAAACGCAAGGCUGAAACUCAUGACUCUUCUGGCAGGGUCAAAUACUUUGGUAAUGAUGAUAGAUAUGAUUUAGCACAAAUGUUCCAAGAAGAAAAAUAUGGUACAAACUAUGAUGAGGAUGCAGAAUUGGCUCAUGUUGCAAGCAAGAGUAAAAAUCCCAAUGAUGAUUUAGAAGAUAUAUUUUUGGAUAACAUAUCUAAAAAUAAAAAUUCUUCUAAGGAGAGUGAGAAAGAAAAGCAGCGUGCUAUAAACCAGAAUGUAAAAUUGGAGAGGUCGUUGGAAGGCUGUGAGCACUGCUUUGACUCCAAGAAUAUGCUAAAACAUCUAAUAGUAAGUUGUGGUAGUAAAAUAUACUUGGCUGUACCUGCCAAGAAGUCCCUUGUAACGGGCCAAUGUAUUUUAACCACUAUACAACAUUCUACAUGUGUGACCAACUUAGAUGAAGACAUUUGGGAAGAAAUAAUGAACUACAGGAAUAUUAUCACACAGUUCUUCAAUUCUCAAAAUCAGGAUGUUGUGUUUUAUGAGACAGCUACCAGAUUGCACAGGUUUCCGCACAUGGUGAUCAAUUGUGUGCCUCUGCCAAGAGAUGUGGGAGAUAUGGCAUCAAUAUAUUUUAAAAAAGCUCUCUUAGAAUGUGAGGCAGAAUGGUCUAUGAACAAGAAAGUGGUAGACUUAAAGGGGAAAAAUAUCAGAAAAGGAGUCCCAAAGGGGUUGCCUUAUUUUUGGAUAGAUUUUGGAAUGGAGCCAGGAUUUGCUCAUGUUAUAGAAGAUCAACAACUGUUUCCAAAAAAUUUUGCUGAGGAGGUUAUUGGUGGUAUGUUAGACUUGGAUCACAGUAUAUGGAGGAAUCCCAAGAAAGAAUAUGGUGAUUUGCAGAGAAAGAAAGUAUUGGAUUUCAUAAAAGACUGGAAACCUUUUGAACAAUCAUUUAAAGGAAAAAAUUAAUACACUAACCAGACAUGCAUACAUUAUGAUCUACAUUAUAAGUACAUAACUACAUUGUUAUAAAAAAGAAUAUAAUUUUCUUUUAAAAAAUUAAAUUAAAACAAUUUUUCUAUAU